AUGUCGCCACGGGUUCCCGCCGACACGGAGGUCAAGUUUGUCGAUAGAAGGACACUGAAGACGUCCUUGAAGCUUCUGCAGAUCAACCCGCCCAACUGGGCAGACCUCGCCCGAGAUCGGCCGACCUGGAGGAGGGCAGUGAAGACAAGCGCAGUGAUCUACGAAGUCAACCGCAUCACCGCCGCCAAAGCCAAACGCGAGGCUCGCAUAUCUCAACUGCGUCCACUCCGCAACGCAAACCCUCAAUCGCCUCCGACCUGCCCAUGCUGCCAGUGGACGUUCUGGACACCAAUCGGUCUUAAACGACAUCCUCGUACCAACUGCAACAUCUGUACUACACCAGCUGCUUUGUACCCGUCCAACUCUGCCUCAUUCCCCACGCCGACAACUAGCACUCCAACUUCCAUCUUCCUUCUCCUCCUCCUCCUCCUCCUCCUCCUCCUCCUCCUCCUCUUCCUCCUUUUCCUUCCUCCAUCGCCUUAA